AUGGGUCAGGUCCCAAUUGUACUGCUACUCCACGGCUUCCCUGAGCUCUGGUACUCCUGGUUCCAUCAGAUCCUCUACCUCGCCGCCCACGGGUACCGAGCAGUCGCCCCUGACCUCCGUGGCUACGGAGACACCACCGGUGCACCUAUCGACGAUCCUACCAAGUUCACUACACUUCACGUUGUCGGCGACAUGGUCGCACUCAUCGCCGCUCUUGGUGUAGAUAAGAAAAUUGUAGAUAUUUUUCGUGUUGCAUACGGAGAUGAUCACUACAUUUGCCGAUUUCAGGAACCAGGGGAAAUAGAAGCUGUGUUUGUGAGUCUUGGAACCAAGAAGGUUUUUGAGAAAUUCUUGACACAUCGUGAUCCUGAUCCAUUUUAUUUCCCUAAAGAUAAGCCCUUUGGAGCUUUGUAUGAUACUCCUGUCAUCUUGCCAUCAUGGUUAUCCGAAGAAGAUGUUGAUUAUUACACCAAAAAGUUCGAGCAAACUGGUUUUCACAGGAGGAAUAAACUACUACCGAUAAAGUACAGUGGGAAUUUCUUGUUUAAUAUGUUGGGAAAAUGGAAGGAAUCUGAAUACUCUGGUCAAUCUGUUCCAGUUGGUGGUCUUGCUUAUUAUGUUACUGCACCUUCUCAAGAAUGA